AUGAGUUUCACCCGCCCCGCCAGAUGUCUGUUUUGCCGCUUUUCUCGCGCGGCCUCGACUGUCCCUCGCAUGCCUCGUCGUCAAUUCCAUCCUUCGCCGCCGCAGUUCUCGGAUCGGAAACCUAAGAUUCCCAAUGAACCGGUCCAGGAAGGCAAAACCCUGGAGGAGAUCUCCCGGAAUAUGAAGCCGGAAGACUUCAAGCCGUAUUCGGAGGAGGAGAAGGCCGUCCUGCGAGAACACUAUACCCCCGAGCAGAUGGAGGCUGUGGAAGCCGGUGAAUCGGCCAUUGACCCCAAGGAUAUGGCAGAACAGUUUGCCAUCCGUCGGGAUCCGAUGAAGCUGCGUUAUCUCGACGACUUAUCCGUCAUCGAGCCCGGGGUGGACAAGCAUGUGCGCGCUCCCAAGUCCAAUUCUGACUAUAAUGCGACCCUCAAGACCGACGAGGAUUUCUUGGAUGACUUUGCUCGAUUUUUCGCCGAGAUGCCCGAGAAUGCCACUGCGGGCGAUUGGAUACAGUUUCUGGAGACCAUGCGGAUGACCAAGGGCAAGGAGGAAAACGAGCUUAACCCUCACAGCGCGAUGGUACCUGAUUUGUUUAGCCACGGGGAAACCUUGUCGGGGGAAAAGCCCGAGCGUCCCAGAAUCUUUGAGCUGGAGAGACCCAAUGCCCAAAACAAGGAGUCGGAUGACAUGACCGAUGCGCUGAAACAACUCCUCCUGGCUACGGGCUACUCUGUGGAACAAAUCCGGGCCUUGAAGACGAAAACUCUCGUUGUCCGGUCUGUGGCCAACCAGACGCGUUUGGGUAAGAUCCGUAGUUCCUACUGUCUGUCAAUUGCCGGGAACGGGAACGGUCUUCUAGGAAUCGGGGAGGCAAAAUCGGAUGAACGCCAGGAGUCCGACACUCAAUCGCGGUAUCGCGCUAUCCGAAACAUGCAGCCCGUCCGGCGGUACGAAGAUCGGACCAUCUUUGGCGAUGUCAAGGGCAAGGUGGGAGCUGUCGAGCUGAAGUUGAUGACCCGUCCUCCAGGAUUCGGUCUCCGGUGUCAGCAUCUGAUUUACGAAAUGUGUCGUGUAGCCGGUAUCCACGAUCUCGCCGCCCGUGUUGGUCGAUCGAGAAACCCCAUGAACACAGUGAAGGCGACCUUCGAAGCGCUGAAAAGCCAGCGGGACCCAGAGGAGAUUGCCCGGGCGCGAGGCAAGAAGUUGGUUGAUGUACGCAAGGUUUACUACUCGGGACGGGCCUAA